AUGGCCGACAGUGGAAUUGAGCUCUCAGCGACCCGGCAGCGCUCCGCUGAUAUUACGACGAUGGGAAGCCCUGCACAAAGCUCCGAUAACAAUACAGCGGCUCAACGAGAUGUGGGAAGCUUAGAAGAGCCUGAAAUCGAGCGUGGAAAGAUUCAGGUGUUUGCCAUCAUGGUGGCUCUCUGCUUGUCCCUCUUCAUCGCCGCCUUAGACCAAACAAUUGUUUCUACCUCUCUACCGACAAUUGCCUCGCGCCUCCAUUCGGCAAGUGGCUAUACAUGGGUUGGAGGAGCAUACCUCCUGGCCAGCGCGGCCGCGGCUCCCAUCUGGGCAAAGCUAUCCGAUAUCUGGGGUCGAAAGCCCAUCCUUCUUGUUGCUGUUCUAUGGUUCCUGCUUAGCUCUAUUGUGUGCGCUGCGGCAGUGAACAUGAAGAUGUUGAUUGCCGGCCGAGCUCUACAGGGUAUAGCAGGUGGUGGUCUCUUGCAACUGGUCAUGAUUGUGGUGUCCGAUUUGUUCAGCGUCCGGUCACGAAGCCUGUAUAUGGGCAUCCUCGAAUUCAUGUGGACUAUAUCCGGUGGCCUCGGGCCAAUCCUCGGUGGUGUCUUUUCGGAAUACGUCUCUUGGCGAUGGAACUUUUGGAUAAACCUCCCCAUAUGCGGACUGGCAUUCAUAUUGCUCUUCUUCUACCUGGAUGUUCACAACCCCAAAACCAAGGUAACGGACGGGCUGAAAGCAAUCGAUUGGCUUGGGAGUCUGUCAAUAAUAGGCUUCACCCUCAUGGUGCUUCUGGGUCUGAAUUUUGGAGGGGAAACCUUUGCCUGGAACUCGCCUCAGGUGAUUUGUCUUAUUGUGUUCGGAUCCCUUUUCUCAAUUAUAUUCUUUUGCGGAGAGAAGUAUGUUGCCAAAUACCCUCUGAUGCCACUCAAGAUCCUCAAACAUCGAUCAAACAUUGCUGUCUCGCUGGUGACUUUAUUCCAUGGUGCGGUAUUUAUUGCUUGUGAGUAUUGGCUGCCACUGUACUUUCAGUCAGCCAAGCAAGCAAGCCCGAUGCGCUCUGGGCUGAUGGUUCUUCCCCUGGUUGUGGCCGAAGGGCUCUUCAGUGGGAUUUCUGGCUGGUUAAUUCAUCGGACAGGCAGAUACGCAGAGCAAAUCUGGAUAGGGACUGUCCUUCUCACCCUCGGGACCGGUCUAUUCAUUCGCCUCAAUCCAGCCUCCCCACUGGUGGAAUUGAUCAUCUUCCAGGUCAUUGGCGGAGCAGGAUCGGCGAUCUUAUUCGCGCCUCCACUAAUCGCCUUGCAGGCAAUGGUCGCCCAAGACGACACAGCAAGUGCCACGGCCAUGUUGGGCUUCAUUCGCACUAUUGCCAUGUCAGUCUCGAUUGUCGUUGGCGGGGUGGUCUUUCAAAACAGCAUGGCCGGAGAACGCAGCAGGCUAAAAUCAGCAGGACUGAUGGAUGAGAUCGUCGAAGAGCUGACUGGUGCUUCUGCCGCUGCCAGCACCGAGGUAAUUAAGACCCUCAAUGAUCCCUCCAAGAUUCGAACCGUCGCAAGUGCGUUCUCCUCCAGUUUACAAAAUAUGUGGAUCAUGUACACCUGCAUGGCUGGUGUUGCUGUUCUUGCGAGCGCGUUCAUUGUGAAUCAACCCUUAAGUGAGGAGCAUACAGAAACGAGGACAGGCCUCAAGGAAGAGUAG